AUGUACAUAGAUCAAUCUGUUUGGGAUGCGCCAAUCUGUUUGACGUGUUUUGAGGGAUUCGUUGAGUGUAUGGCGACUACAGGAUUUUCAACACCUACUCAGAAAGCGUUGAUCUUUGGCACACUUGCAACAUCAAUAGUAUCCUUAUUAUCACUUUCUGGAGCACUUAUUAUUCCAUUGUUGACUGGUAAAGCUAAACACAGAUGGAUGCAUUUCUUUGUGGCAAUGGCUGUCGCUACGUUGAGUUCCGAUGCUAUUCUGCAUAUUAUACCUGAGGUCGUAGGCGUUCACAAUCAUGAUUUUGCGCAUCAGCACCACCACCACCACGAUCACGAUCAUACUGUGUCUGAGAAUCUAGGAAACACUACUCAGAACCGGAAUAACACUUCUCAUGAGAAUAGCCAUGACCACCACGACCAUCAUGACCAUGACCACGGUGAACGCGAACAUCACAACCAUACCAUACAGAAACGUCACGAUCACGACCACGAACAUCACGAUGAUUCCACGAAUCAGGGAAUUCCGAAAUGGUUGGCGCUGAAUGAAGAAAGAAAGAUACUUCUGCGCCUUUCUGCUAUUCUUAUUUUGAUUUAUGUGUUGUACUUGAUCGAGUUUGUUGCCUACUAUCGGAAAAGAGAAGAGUGCUCACAUCAACAUCCAAUACCAAUACAUCCAAGUGCGGAGAAGAUCACUCAAUGCGCCGGUACUCUAACUAAUCAUGCAUGGGAAGAAGAACCCUCUUCCCAUGCUAUCAGUAGUGAAGCUCUUGUAACCAAUACCCGCUCUUCAGAAUUAGAUACAGACGAUUUAAGCGAUGCCGUAGUGAUUUGGGGUCUAAAGUCUCGAGCCCUCGUUAUCCUUUUCGGUGACGGUGUCCACAAUUUUGUGGAUGGCAUCGCCAUUGGCGCAUCAUUCAUUCAUUCACCACAGUUAGGAAUCGUCACCAGUGUGGCAGUGAUCUGUCAUGAACUGCCACAUGAACUCGGAGAUCUAGCAGUACUUCUGGAUUCCGGCUUAUCCAUGCGGAAAGCGUUGCUACUAAAUCUUCUCUCAGCUUUAACAGCUUUUCUCGGUCUCUACAUCAGUAUUGGCGUAGGUGAAUCAAAAGAAGUUCAAUUGUGGUUACUGGCAAUAACUGCUGGAAUGUUCCUGUAUGUGGCAUGGAUCGAUAUGUUAGCACACCUUAAACACGACGGUGUACAUAAGGAUCAUUGGGCGAUCGCGUGUCUACUACAGUAUUCCGGAUUUAUUGUUGGAUUUACGGCUAUAUUCGCUUUAGGAUGGUUUGAAGAUGAACUUUACUCUACCUGA